AUGAAUAAUAAAAAAAAUUCAAAAUCAAUGCCUGUUGAAAAACAGCAAAAUAAUAGUAACAAUAGCAAUAGCAAUAGUAUUGAUGAGGAGAUAGCCUACGAACAAACAUUGGGAACUUUAUCACAAACAACAGCAAAUGCUAUAGAUUCACUUGUAACAGAUAUUUUAAAAAAUUAUUCAUCAACACCACAAUCUUCAUCUUCAUCACUAUCAUCAUCAACAUCAUCAUUUUCAAGUAUAAUGUCAGGUUCACCUUCAUCAAACCCAACUUCAAUGAAUAAUAUCAACAAUAAUAAUAAUAAUAAUAAUAAUAAUAAUAAUAAUAAUAAUAAUAAUAAUAAUAAUAAUAAUAAUAAUAAUAAUAAUAACAAUAAUAUAAAGAAAAUACCAAUUGUACCAUCUAUAAAUACAUCACAGCUUUUAUCAAACUACACAAAUAAUAAUAAUAUAUCAUACGAGGUAUCGUCUCAGCUGAUGACACCCAAAACACCAAAAAUAAAUAAUUUAUCAAAUAUUGUAAACAAUAAUAAUAAUGUAAAUAAUAGUAAUAACCCUUUAUCUCCAAUAACACCAAGAUCACCAUCAUUGACACAUCUUUCACAUCAUCUUCAUAACAUACCAUUGUCACCAAGGACAACAUUAGUAAAGCAACAUAUACAUAACAUGCCGCCAUUAGCAAUACCCCCUCAAUCAUUUCAAUUAUCAUCAAAUGACGACAAAGAUGACGAAGAGGAAGAGGAAGAUAACGACGAAGAGGUGUUGGACGUAAUUAACGAGGAGGAUGAAGAAGAGUAUAUUGAUUCAUUAGAAGAGGAUGUUGUGGAAGAGGAUGAAUUAUUGGAUGAUUCUAAUUCUCUUAACUCUAAAAUUCAAGAAAAUAAUAUAAAUAAUAUACCCUCCAUAUCAUUAAAUAUUAAUAAUACUGUAGAUACAAAUGUAAACAAUAUAAAUAGUAACAAUACAAAUAUAAAUAAUAAUAGUCAAGUUAAAAAUAAAAUUAGUAUUUCGCAAUCAAAUUUAGGUGGUAAUAUUCCUUUAACACCCAAAAAAGGUUUUUCUUUACAAUUAUCAUUAUUAAAUAGUAGUAAUAAUAAUAAUAAUAAUAAUAGUGGCAAUAAUAAUAAUAAUAAUAUAAAUGGUAAUACCUUGAUAUCACCAAGAAUUACCACUCAUGUUCCAGCACACACUCUAGCCAGUCAAAAUGUUAUGAGUAUUGUAUCACCAAGAAGAAAUCAAUCAACUAGUAAUGUGCACUCUUUAGUUCCUGGUUGGUCAAGUAAAAGUAUUGAAUUUUUACAUAACGAUAUUAAAAAAACUAAAAAAUCAAAUCAACUUGAUAGUCAACAAGAAAAAGAUGACUCUGUUCAAUUGGGUAAUGAUGAGCAGGUUCAAUCACAACCAUCUCAAUCACACCAAAAAAUAAUAAAUGUUGAUCAAAAUAUUGAACAACAAAAAAUGAAUAAAAAAAAUAAAACACCAACAUUAAAACUAACAAAUUUACAAUCAUCAAGCACUGGUGCAUUACCUUCACCACAUGAACAACAACAACAACAACAACAACAGCAACAACAACCAUCAGAUAAACAGCUUUAUAAAACAACUAAGCAUCCAUUAACCAGAGUAUCAUCUGCUCCAACAAUAAGGUUUGGUCAAAGUCCACAAAAUAAUAGUCCACAAAAUAAAUAUGGUGUUCCAAAGAUUUCAAUUAAAACCCAUCAGGAUGUUACAGAAAAGCCUUUAUCAUCGCCUAGACUUCAAAGUCAAGUAACAUUUAAUUUAAAUAGUACAAGUACAAAUACAAAUAAUAAUACAAAUAUAAAUACAAAUAAUAAUAAUAUUAAUAAUAGUAAUAAUAACAACGGUAGUAAUAGUAAUAGUCUCAAUAGUAAUAGUAAUAAUGACGAAAACGAUAUUGAUUCAAAGUUUAAAAACUUAGAUCCAACAAAAAAGAAAUUUUUAUUAGAGCUAAUAUCAUCAGAUGAUGUCUACCAACAAAUAGUUCAACAAACUCAUAUUCAUUCACAGCUUCAAACACAAUCACCACAAACCCCAUUACACAAUCCAGCAAAGAAAAAUGAUUUUUAUGAAAUUCCAACACAAUCACCUCAGAGAAUUGAUCCUUUGGAUUUUUCAUUUUUAGAAAAGAAAAGACCAUCAUCUAUAAGGAAAAGAACCAAUGAGCAACACCAACAAUUACCACCAUCACCAUCACUUACACCAAGAGCUGUAUUAAUGACACCAGUGAUAAAUCCUCAAUUAAAUAUUGUAAAUUCAAAUUCUACAAACACUAAUAACAGUAAUAAUAAUACAAAUAAUAAUACAAAUAAUAAUACAAAUGUACCAAUUAAACCAAAGUUUUCAUUAAAUCUUGACCAACUAAGUACAAUUAAUAGUUUAAAUAAUAGUUCAAACAAUAUGUCAGGUUCAUCUACUUCACGUUUACCAUCAUCAAAUAGAAAGAAUUCAUUAUCAUCCAUUGUAAACCCAGCAUCAACUUCAAUUUUUCCAGCUGCAUCAAGUUUGGUUUCACCAAGAAGAUUUUCAAGUCCAUUCCCAUUGGCCCAUUUAACACAACCAAUUCCUUCUGCAGAGCUAAAUGAAAGACCUAUGAGUUUUAAUGAAAACCAAGAGAACAACAAUAAGGAGAUCGAAGAAAAUAAUCAAAACAAUGGUUAUAUUAAUCAAAAAAAUAGUUAUAGUUCAAAUCAAAUUUCAUCACCAAAUUUGCAUCUUCAUACAUUCGACUUGCAGCACCUUUCACUUCAUUCCCCAGAAAAGAAUUUAUCUUCAAGAUCAUCAUCAGGUAGCAAACAAACUCCAACAGGUAAUAAUCAAAUUGACCAAACACCAAUCUUAUAUAUAAACCCACCAAGUUUAAGGGUAAUUACAAUUUUUAUUUAUAGUACAUGGGGUGAUCAAAAAUAUGUGGGUUUGUCUGGUAUUGAUAUUUUUGAUGGCAAUGGGAAUUAUGUUAAAUUAAAAGAUACAAAACAACAAAUUAAAGCAUUUCCAAGUGAUUUAAAUGAAUAUUCAAAUGAUCCUAGAACAAUAGAUAAAAUUAUGGAUGGCCAUCCAAGAACAUGUGAUGAUAACCAUCUUUGGUUAGCUCCUUUUUCUCAUAGCCAACCAAAUACAAUUACAAUCACACUGGAUUCAAAGAUUACUUUGUCUUUAAUUAGAAUUUGGAAUUAUAAUAAAUCUAGAAUACAUUCCUCGAGCGGUGCAAAAGAUAUAGAAAUUAAAAUCGAUAAUAGCCUUACUAUAUUUAGGGGUUCAAUCAAGAAAGCACCAGGUUUGCUACAGGGUUGUGAACAAUAUUGUGAAUAUAUUGUCUUUACAAAUAAGGAAGAAAUCUUAAGCAAAAUUGAAGAAAACGAUCCAUUUUCACCUUCAGGUUUGUUUCAAGAUGGUUUAUUACCUCAUAAUGAUCACAUAAAUAAUAAUAAUAGUGAGGAGUUUAGAAAAAUUCAAGAGGAAGCUAUGACAGUAUUAUAUAAUGAUUAUAAAAGCAACCAAUAUGGCCAUCACCAACAACAGUAUUCACCUCAAACACAACCAUCACAAUCUAUACCAGUACACUCAAUUUCAAUUCAACAACCUUUACCAUCACCAUCACCAUCACCACCACAAUCAUCAUUAUAUCAUCACCAUCACCACUAUAGAGAUGAAGAGGUACCAAAAGAAAAUAGAGAGUUUUUAAGAACACCAGUAUCCCCAAUUAAACCAUCAUCACCAAUUCCAUCGGUGUUUUCAAUUAAACCAUCGUCACCAAUCCCAUCAUCGUUGCUCAUUAAACCAUCAUCUCCACUUUCGUCUAGGUCAACAGAUUUUGAAACAUCACCAUCAUCUAUAUAUUCAUCUAGCGAUUUUUGUUCACCAGUUCAUUAUCCAAAAGGUAGAAAGUUAAAAUUUUCCUUUUUAAGUACUUGGGGUGAUCGUUUCUAUAUGGGUUUAACAUCAAUAAUGAUUUUCGAUAACGAAUACAAACAAAUUCCACUUACAGUCUUAAAUAUUACAGCACACCCAAAAGAUAUUAAUGAUGUUCCAGGCCAUAGCGGAGAUUAUAGAACUUUAGACAAAUUAAUAGAUGGUCAUAAUAUUACAACCAAUGAUAAGCAUAUGUGGCUAAUUCCAUUUUAUCCAUCAAAAGAACAUACAUUAACAAUAGAUUUAGGUGUUCCCAUGUCAAUAUCGUGUAUCAGGGUUUGGAAUUAUAAUAAGAGUGUCGAGGAUAGUUCCAGAGGUGCCAAAAAAGUCAACAUAUAUUUAGAUGGAAAUUCAUUAUGUGGAGGAAAUAAUAAUUGUUUUAUAUUUAGGAAAGCUCCGGGUAAUUCUAUUUUCGAUUUUGGUCAAACUAUCUCAUUGUAUAAUUGGAAUAAACAAAAUGUAUCUCCACCCUCAACAUCAUCAUCCGUAGAACAACCACUUACAUCAAGCAAAACUAAUAUUAGUAGCAUUGUUCCACAGCCACGAUCUUUAGAUAACUAUCCAAGCGGUUUUACAUUAAAGGUUUUAAUAAUCUCAAAUCAUGGCGAUAAAAAUUUAGUUGGUUUAAAUGCAAUAGAAUUUUAUGAUCAAAAUGAUAAUUUAAUAAAAUCAAGCAAAAGUAAUAUUUUAACAAAUGAUACAAAAUAUUCGUUUAGGGUUGUUGAAAAUGGAUUAACACAUCUAGAGAAUCAAGGAAUAUUAAUACCAUUUUAUUCAGUUAGUUUUGGAUCACUCCAUCAACACUUACCACAUAAUACUCAGCUAUGUCAACAAUUCCCACAAUAUCCCUCACCAAAUAAAAAUAGUAACAAUAGAGCAGAGCCACCAUCAUUUUCAAAAGAGAAUAAUGUUAUAUAUUUUUAUUUCAAUUCACCUAUUAUAAUUAGUAAGAUAAAAAUUUGGAAUUAUUAUAAAGUUCCUGCUCAAGCUAUAAAAGAUUUCGCUGUUUACUUGGAUGAUUUGUUAAUUAGCCAAGGUGUUCUUCAAAAGCCAACUCAAGAAAAUCAAAAUAAUCAUUAUAUCAAACCUCAAACUUUUACACUUAAUAGUUCGGAGGUAGAUUUUGUACAAAAUGAAAACAAUAUAAGUAGCCCAACUUCCGAUCAAACAAUUAAUUUUAUUUUUAAUAAUGAAUUUAAAAAAUAAAUAAUUGUAUUAUAAUUAUAAAU